CCCCACGCCACUCGAACAGCUAGCCAUGGCGGACGCCACUCCCACGAAACCCAUCAGCAAAGGUUUUUCCAAAUCCGCCGUCGUCCAUGACGCCGACGCCAAGGCCAAGGCCAAGAACAAAGCCACCUUCAACGUCGACGUCGAGGAUGGGCAUGCUCGCGACACCGCGGAGCCGCCGGCCGAGCAGGGGAACUGGGGCCGGCUGCUGCGGCGCGCGUGCUGCGGUUUGGCCGCACUCACCGCGGUGGCCGCCGUGACGAUCCUGGUCCUGUCACUCACCGUGCUGAAGGUCCGGGACCCCGACAUCACCAUGGACUCCGUUACCGUCGAGCGCUUCCACGUGGACGUUGGCCUCCCGCUGCGGAUCAACGCGACGCUGUCCGGGGCGAUCGUGAUCCGGAACCCCAACUACGCGUCCAUGCGGUUCGGCGCCAGCACGACGGAGAUCUUCCUCGACGGCGUGCCGGGCCGCGUGGGCCUCGGGAGCGCGCCGCCCGGAGAGGCGUCGGCGCGGGGAGCUAGCACGGUGCGCGCCGGCAUGGACGUGUUUCUUGACAGGGUGGCUCCGGCGGUGGUCGAGGAGGUGCUGUUCGGCCGCGGCGAGGUGCGGCUCGCGAGCCGGACGGCGGUGGACGGAAGGAUCAGCGUUCUCGGCGGGCUGUACGGGCGCCGGAAGGUGCGCGUGGCCAUGCGGUGCCGGGUCGUGCUGCACGUGUCGGUGGUGGUCGUCGUGGCCGGCUCGCCGUCGUGCGUUGCCGACUUCGGGCGUUGACGCGCGUCCAAGCCGCGCGCGAUGUCGUGAUUUGCUGCGCGCGCGUGGUACUAUUUUCUUGUUGAUUUGUGAUCGUCCUAUCCUCCUCCCCCGCCGUGUGAGAUAAAUCUGACGCCCAAUGUUUAUUCUAACUUUCAGUUUGUAAUUCUUGUAUGAUCAGAGCGUACCUUUAAUUUGCCAAGCUACAUUGCACACGCUUAAAAUAUUGGAUUUCAUGUCAAAGCAUCUAGCUAGGAUGUCUCUAAUGCUGGGCAUGAACAAAAAAUUGUUAUUUUUUUAAUCAAGUUGUUCUAUUUGUA